AGUCUAAACACAGCACCUUUUCCUCUACAUUCGAGUAAAAACCGAGCACCGAGUCGUUUUCCUUGCAGUGCGGCCUCCUUCGGAAUUAUUCGCUAAGGCUUUUAGACUACGUAACAUUCUCUCACUCGCGAAUUUUAAACUCAAAUCAUUUAGUCGACCUCGAGGUACUGAGGGGAACGGUCGCUGGUUGCCGCCAUCUUGUUUUGUAACUGUCAAACUGCGCGCCAAUAGUGUUGUGUUAACUUUAUAAUGUCACAUUAAAGUAAAGUGCUUUUGAGUGAUUUUAUUAAGCCGGUUGCGAGUUAAGUGUUUUUAUUAUUUUCUAGUGUAAUAUAUAAAUUUCAGUUCAGAUAUUUGUGCGUUGUGAGUGUUUUUGUUUUUUCAUUCUUCCUAGAACUCUUAUUGCCGGAUACGUUUUAAGAACAAAAUGCGGCAGAGUUUAUGAUAUUGUUGCAAUAAGAAGACCGAACUCAUGUUUCACAACAGCCUACGGAGAUUAAUAAUAUCAAUGAGCGAAAAAUCGAUUUAAUCGAUAAUAAGACAGACGGGGUACCAAAGAUCGGGUACCCCCGUAUCCGAUGUCUGAAACUGGUAUCAAGAAAGAGACGCAAGAAAGCGAUGGGGUAGCCAAGAGCGAGAAAGCAAAUACUGAGAUCAAGGAGAAAGAGGGGAAGCAAAGAUCUGUGUCGUUUAAUAGGGACGUACACGUUAAACGAUUCGGUAAACCGCGAGAGCGGGUUGCCUCGGACCAGCCCCGAACGAUACGAAAAGAACCGUUCACACAUUUAUCCGAACAAGAACUAAUCGAAGAAGCUAACAAAGUUAUUGCUCAAGCAGAAAGCGUUACAUGCACAGCUGAUCAUCCACCUGAAAAAUUCUUCUCUCUUCCGCAUAGAAGAAAAUUUCGAGAAGACAGAGCAGAUCGUAGAAAUAGUGACGACGGAAGUAUACCAGAGGGUAAUUCUAAAACACCUCUUGGCAGGUCUACCAGUGAUGUAAGUCCUAAGAGGAAAAAAGAAAGAACAUCCCUUUCUACGUUGUUUAGAAGAGCUCAAAGAACUAAAAGCCCCGAUGCACCAGUCGUAGUAACAACGAAGCCUUCAGUUAUCGUUAAGAGAAGUAAAAGUGACGUAUCUGAUUUAAAAUCUAACACGAAUCUUAACAAAAAUAAACCUAUACGGAAAAGAUCUGGAAGUGAAACGGAAGAAUUCUUAAAGUCAUUGAGAAAUAAAAAGACACAACUAUCGCCUAUAAUCGAAAGCUCACCGAGGGAAGAUUAUUUUAAGAAGAUAUCACCAUUAGAUAUACUGCAUAAAGAAAAAUUAUCUGAACGAGAAAGCAACAAAUCUGACGAACCAGUUUCAAUAGACAGCAAGAAGGUAAACCCUAUUGAAAAACCACCCCGUUUCAAAACUCCAGAGAAAAACGAACCUAAAGCACCUAACAGAAUAAAAAGAGGUAAAUCCUCAGAAAAAGAACAAUCGCCACCAAUAUCUGAGACACCCAAGCGCAAAACAGACGCAAAAAAGACAAUUCUUGUUGAUGAAAUAGAUUCUUCUCUAACAAAAGAUAGUCCCAUUGAGAUUAAAGAUAAAAUUAAAGAAAGUAUAAGAAAAAUUGAAGAAAACGUAUAUGGUGAUAAGGAAAUGAAACACAGCAGCCAACAACCACCUGAAAAGCCUCCACUAACGAGGGGUCACACGGUCGGUCACAUUGUGAGAAUUCUCAAAGAAGAUCAACAUUCAUCCCCUCCUAAAUCCCAUCUGAUAUCACCACCGAACAGUACUAAUAUAAAUCAACCAUUUUCGUACACAAAGCCAAGUACAAGUCCGGAUCCAAAUCUUUUCAUAAGAAAUACAAGCCCAGACAGAGUACCGACACCUGUUAAUAAAAUGACAGAAAAAGGUGUCGUCUAUGCUCAAGUUAUAAGAGAUAACGGUGAUUUACGUCCACAUUUUCCUAAGCAGACUAUGCAUAAAACAUUUUCUCCGUCAAGAGAAAAAUAUGGAAACUUUUCAGACGAAGACGAAGGACUUGGAUAUGAAGAAAGACAUAAAUAUUCGUCAGAGCGUAUAGCUGAUUACAAUUACAAAAACAACGAUACGAAAUAUAAUUUCAAUGAAGGUUUUAACAUAAAAGAAUCACCCAUAAGGCCAAGAUUUCGAGAGUACAAGCUCAUGAGUUUUGAUGAAAUUGAACCCACUUACGCAAAUGAUUAUAACGAAAGAGAGAUAGAUAAACAUGGACCUAUCGACAGCUUCAGAGGUAGAGCCGACGGAAUGGAUACAAAGAAAAAGACAUUCGAACCGGACACCAAGAUUGACUUAGAUUUUAACGAACUCAGCCAUAGACGAGAACUCCUUGAGUCUCGUUUAAAUGCAAGAAGAUUUGAGCGUGAAAAGAUAAAUUUUAAUGAACCAAUUUCGAAAUAUCUUGAAAACGAUCCAAUAUAUGAAGCAGAAAAACGAAUGAAGCAAACGGAAAAGUAUGUAAAUGAUACUGUUAAGUACUACCGCCAUACCUUAGAGAGAGAUGGAAUUGAAAGUACAAUCAUAGAAGAUUACAAAUAUGAUUCAGAUAAUAACAAAAUAAAAUAUAAUACAGAAUCAAGAACUACUCAGAAAGCGACCAAAGAUGAAAUAGAUCGUCGUGAAUUUAUAGAUACAUUGAGUCCAUCUAGAUACAAAGAUGAGAGAAAAAUAUUUCCACCUGAACCAGAAUAUGAGCCACCUAGCUUAGAAUCGAAUCCUGGAAAACCAAUAUCUUCACCAGAUGAGUAUAAAGAGAAGAAAUACAAAGUGAAAAAACAUUUUACCUCUAGUCAUGAUCUGCUUCAAAGUGGUCAGAAAUAUAAACUCAAAGAUGAUUGGUUUGGCAAACGUAAAGGUCAUUACGCGUCUAACCCAGAAAUAGCUCAAGAGCGAGAGGAAGAUUACGCCAAUCUUGGAUACAACACUAAACAUGAGUCUUAUCACAAUUCACUCCGCCGUGCUAAAAAUAAGGACAAAGAUAUUAAAAACCAUACUAGUAUACGUCGUCACGACUCAGGUGAUAGUAGGGACUACUAUCGCGAACAGAUGUCUCCGCGUCGUUUCGAUUUUGAUAACCGUCUUGUUGAUUCUGGAAUCGAAAAUGACUUUAGACAUAAUUCUAUCGGAGAAAUUCAUAGAUCUAGACAUAGACGACAUGAAAGCGAUGAGGAUGUUCGUAAUACAUCUUUGUUUUUGGCUAGUGAGAGACAACAUACGGAAGACAACUAUCCAAGUGAGCAAAUAUAUGCAAAUGGCGAGUACUUGGCAAACUACAAAGAUUAUAGAGGAGAAAAUAGAAAUGAUUAUAUCCCCAGGGACAGAAGUGCUGAGGAUGGUUCGCUUUUAGAUUCAAAAGGGCGUCGUUAUGAGAAAAGUCCGAGUAGACACGAUGAUAAAGUCAGUGCGAAGCCGCCGAAAGCUACUAAAAAGCUUUCUGGACUCGAAAAGAUGAAACAACUGUUCUCCCGCGACUCUUCUAAGAAGAGCAAGAAAGAGAAAGAGGUAGUCCAGCCUAAAACUCGCACCCGGGUGCUCAAGAGCCCUGAACAUCUUGCCAAAGACGACCCUGAGUACAAAAGGUAUACAGACCCAGAACCUAGUGACCUGGAUGUAAGAAAGCGAGAUGAUCCUAAAGAAGACAGGAAAUAUAGACGUUCAAGGGAAGAUAUAGAUAGAUACAGGAGCCCUGAUCCCCGUGAGAGCAUCGAGAAGAGACGAGAAGAAAAAUACAGAGAUUCCGACAUGGAAGGAAGAUUUGAAAGAACUAUAAAAGAAGAUAGAAGAUACAAAGAGCACCGCGAGGAAAGGCGACGACAGAACUCUUCGGAGAGAGAGAGCGAUCGACCGUCGGACGUAGAGAGUGAUCGACGAAGAAUCAGAUCCAAUACUGCUGGCCCCUUGGACUCACCUGCUCUGGCUCAGAGAUAUCGUGAGAGGCGACGUCUAGCUACCCCGAGUCCAACACCCUCGCCACCGCGCCGCGAACCCACCUCACAGUCUUCAGGCAACUGGUUUAAAUCACUCGACAGGCUUGGCAGGAAGCGAGAGAAAAAUGCCAAGGUUGAAAAAGAGAGCGUAAUAACAACAGAAGACGAAUCUAGCCGUCGAGUUUGGUCAAAGCCAACAAAACCACUGAACUCACCGGCGAAAAACCUUCGAUUCUUCGGUGAUACGGACCCGGAGUCUGAUGCUAACGUCAAACGUAGUGUGACCAAACCCAAAAGUCAUACGAAAAAUCAUGGCACGCUCAGAAAGACCAUAUCAAACUCCAGCGCAGGUCUAGACGAAAUCGACCACAGUGAACUGUCGAAUAAGAGUUAUUCUCUUUCCAACCUUCACAGAGAAGAUAAAAGCGAAUCGCCGAAAACUAAAGAAUAUUACAAGAGGAACUUGAAAAAUAUAUCAGAGAUUCAAAGCAAUUCCGAGAAUGAGAGUCAUUUUGGAAAGAAGACGGCAACGAAGCCCCCGAUCAGUCCGUACGAUCGGUCCAGGAGUCACAGCAGUUCGAAAACAUUGAAGGCCAGCAAGGCUGACGUCAGACGCCAUGGAAGAAUCGAUGAUAGAGGCAGCUCGACUGAAUUGAGAAACAGCAAACAGGAGUUGAGCAGAGAUGUAAAAGCCCGCCGCCGAACGCCGGUGACCAAUUCUGGGGAGAGCAGCACGGAAGGGGACUCAAGUCAGCAGUCACAACGUAGUGUUGUCUAUCUACACGCUACAACCGUCGGUGAUAUCCCCGACCCCGGUCGCCUUACAAGAAACCGCUCGCGGGACGAUGUUUCCUCCGUCAUGUCUUCGAACAUUCAAGUGCGUAGCUCAACGAAAAGCUUCUCACUAUUCGCGCCAUGGACACCACGUCACUACAACGACCAGUACGACGUGCACUAUGCUCAGAAACCAAGAAAAUCUAAACAAAAAGAAAGCGAUCGAUUUAAAAAAGCACCAACAAACAAGAACUUAACAGAUGACAGGCCGACAACAUUACAAAAAAAUAAAUCGUAUAGCCAAACCACUUUGAGUCGACGGCCGAAUAAUCAAAGUAAUCGCUUAACAAGCUCAAGCACAACACUAUACAGACGGGAAAAGAGGGGGAAGGAGAAUGACAUGUCCCAAAGUACAAUGUCACGUAAAAGUACGAAUGGAAAGAAGAGUCAAUCCAGCGAAAUAUUAAAUAGAGACGAAAGAGACAGAGUAUCUCGAUCGAUAUCGAUACCGAAGGACAAAAAAGCCGGCUGGUUUAAAUUGUCAAAUAAAAAUAAAAAGCAAGAAAAUACACGCGUCCGAUAAAUAAUACGUUUAAUAUAUACUUACACCAAUGUCAAAAAACAUUAUUUCUGACAGAUAUUUUAUUUACGUUUCUUAGUUUUAUAGAACUGUCAUUGCACUUCUUGUAAUUACAUAAACAGAUAACAAAUUCAUAAUAACUAACGCACUAUGUCGGAUAAAUGAAUUAAUUGUUAUUAUUUCAAUAAUUUCUUAAAAAUUACAGCCCUAUUAUACAGUCGAUUCAUACAAUUUUAACAGUGUCUUAUCUGUUAAAAAUCGACUGUUUAUAAACUAAAAUAUUUUUUUAUUAAUGUUUCCUAAAACAAGUUACUUUUAAAGGUGUGCCAUUUGCAAAAAGAAUGUUACCAAUAUUUAGCUUAAGUAUAUUUUUAUUUUAAAAUAAUGUAACUAUAACUAUGGUUCUACUUUACUAAUAAUGAAUAAAUAUAUUUGUGCCUA